AUGGGCUCGACGAACAGUCACGAGAUUCGCCAGAUUGUAGACGAAGCCGUCAUUACGCUACGGUCCGGACAGCAUCGUCAGCAACGGCAGUCGUCCCGCCACCACCGGCCCGGCGAAGUGAUCUCUCUCGAUGAAGACGACGAUGGUGUGCUUUUCGGGGAGGGGGGCGACUACGCCACUUACAGCACCGAUGAUGACGGUACUUGGGAGCCGGGCUACGACUCGGCCUCUGAAGGUCUAAUCUGUGGCGAGGAUUGUUGUUGUUCGGACUCGGGGUGGAGUGAGUGCUGUUACGAGACAGUGGAGUGCUGUGUCGGCGGCGGUGGACGGGGAAGGGAUCGAGGGUCGAGGCAUGAGAACCACGGCGUCAGGGCGAAGAAAGAGAAGGCGUGCAAAGAGUGCGAGAAGAAGCAAAUGUGCAGAAAGUGUAGGAGGCAAGCACCUUGUUUCUGGAGCCGUUGUUAUCCGGUCUCGGGGAGAGGCGACUGGGGCGGCGGUGUCGUUGGGGUUUCGAGGUGUCCCGGUGAGAGACUUGCGGCCGUCUCCGGCGGCCACCGGGCGACGGUAUGCAGCCAGGCACCGGACGGCGCCGAGACGCUGCGAAGAGGUCCUGGACGACGCGGAUGGAUCGCAGCCGCCGAGACGCGGUCGGCGACGGACCCUGCUGUUCGAGGAGUUCGAAGCGUCCCCCCGUAG